UAGAAAAAUAUUGAAUUUUUGUAUGGCAUGUGUUUUGUAAUGUAUUAGUACUACGAUUACUACUGUAAUUCUUAUUUGGUUGAUGCUCGCAAUCUUAUAAUUAGAGGCAAUUUAAAAACGAAUUGUGCUAGUACUGGUUUUUUGAGGUAUAUGCAUGCUAGUUAAUACUCCUACAAUAUGUACAUUUUUUUAUAUUUUUUCAUUUUAAUAGGUUUUCGUGUCACAAAAAUAUUUUGCGGUAACAUUUAAAAAUAGGAUCAAUGUUUAACUAGCUUACGAAUAUUUAUUAUUUACCCAUUAUCACUACUAACUUUGAAUUCUCUACGCACUCUAUUUUCCUACCCGCCGCCAUGCGAUCUGCGGCGGAGAAGCUCCGCUUCUUCCACCGAAGCUCAUCCCUCAAUCUCUCUCCAUACUCUUCAUCCAGACAAUUGAAGACGUCUACAAUAACGACCAACGCCCUAACCGAGGAAGAAGUUAACCAAAUCAACGCCGUAAUCCGCCGCCUAUGCGACUCAAACCACCUCAAAGAAGCUACCGAUCUCAUCUCCGCGGCCCUCUCCACCGCCAGACCUCCUCUCGCUUCACUCCCUGUCUCCUCUCUCAUCAGCCGCCUCGCUUCCCAACCCGAUCUCACCUACCCAAUGCACCUGCUCAACUCCCUCAAAUUCAACCCUAACGCAUCGGAUCCCUCAGUUCUAAUCCCCGUCGUGAAAAUGAUCCUCGCCUCACUCUUCGAGAACGGUCGGCCGAAGAUGGCCGUUAAGAUUUUCCAGUGGGUGGCGCGGCCCGAUUUUCCCGGAGGUGUGGCGGCGGACCUGGAACUCUACGCUGGUUUGGUUAAUGGAUUUUGCAGGAAUGGGAUGAUGUUGGACAGUCUCCGUGUUUUAAGAGUCGUGAUGGCAUGUGAAAAAUUGGUAAUUGGGGAUGAAAUUAGGGUUUGUGUUUACAGGGGUUUGUUGAGGGAGGCGAGGGUUAGGGAAGCUUUGGAGCUCAAUGCUGCAUUGGGGAGUUGUACUUCAGGGAGUGAUGGGGAUACUUGUGUUUCAGAGAAGGUUGUGCAUUUACUGGAGCGGAUUAUUUCAAAUUGGCUGGACUAG